AUGAAGUUGUAAUGAAGGCGGUAGAACCUAUUUUAUGUGUCAAUAAAGACUUCUAUGAAAAGGAAACAGCAGUCAGAAGAACACAGAGUGAAACAUAACAAUGGCAUUUCGCAUUGCUCUGCGUGUUGCUGGGGCCUUAUUUCUCAACAUAGCAGGCUCUCUCUGUCAAUUAGAUGUGUGUGGCAAAGCCCCCCUCAACACCAGGAUUGUUGGAGGGCAAAGUGCACUUGCGGGGUCUUGGCCUUGGCAAGUAAGCAUUCACAGAAUCACCACUGGAAGCCAUUUCUGUGGUGGGAGUCUAAUCAAUAAGGACUGGGUUUUAUCUGCAGCUCACUGCUUCCAGACCAACCUUGCAAGCAACAUUAAAAUUUACUUGGGACGUCAGCUCCAAAAAGGCUCAAACCCAAAUGAGGUAUCCAGGACAGUGAGACAAGUCAUCAACCACCCUAACUAUGGCUCAUCUACCCAAAACAAUGACAUAGCACUACUCCGGCUCUCCUCUUCAGUGACUUUUACUGAUUACAUUCAACCAGUCUGCCUGGCUGCUUCGGAUAGUACUUUUGCUGCUGGUACUAAGAGCUGGAUUACUGGAUGGGGCAAACUCAAUUUUGCAGACACCACACUUCCCAACACACUGCAGGAGGUGCAAAUACCAAUUGUUAGCAGCAGUGAUUGUAACACUGCCUAUAAAGGUAUCAUUACCAGCAACAUGGUGUGCGCUGGACUAACUCAGGGAGGGAAAGACUCGUGUCAGGGAGACUCUGGAGGACCAAUGGUCAACAAGCAGGGCUUGCAGUGGAUUCAGUCAGGCAUUGUGAGUUUUGGUCGAGACUGUGCACUGCCCAAUAUUCCUGGUGUGUACACCCGAGUAUCUCAAUACCAGUCUUGGAUCAACGCUCAGAUAAACAGCGACCAGCCUGGAUUUGUCUCAUUCACCUCCACUGGAACCAGCGGCUCUGACCUUUCUCUUACGAUCUCCAUCAUCCCUCUAAUCUUCUCCCUCUUUCUCUUUUCUUAAAGUCUGAGUUAUAAUAAUUCUGAGGAUUCAUUGAUGAAGAGUACAGUUUGCUGUUCACAGUCUAAUAAAUAAAACAAGUUUGUGCCCACUGAUUUUCAGUGUUUGCCUAAUGAGGACACAGUGUAUUGAUCUGUUAUUUUACAGAGACACAUAAAAUGCUAGUAUGUGUACAUUAUGAAUAUAGUGUCAAUCAUCCUCAUUUCGAGUGAAUGUU